UUGAAUCAUGGACGGAUGGAUAGCUCUGAUAGUACUAAUGACUAUGAAACAAGUCUGCAGACCAAAAUGGCUUCGUUGUUGAUGAACACGGUCCGUCGCCAAAUUCUGGCAAAUACACGCAAAUAUGCCACCUCAGAAUCAGCUUCGAUACAUGGAGACCACGGUGGUGCUGGUAAGAUGUGGAAGAUAAUGAGUUUCGUCAUUGCGCUCCCUGGAGUUGCCGUCUGCUACCUUAAUAUGUAUGUGAAAGAAAAAGAACACUUGGCACAUCAUGAACGGCCAGAAUUUGUACCAUACGAACAUCUAAGGAGGCGAACAAAGCCUUUCCCAUGGGGAGAUGGAAACCACAGCCUAUUUCACAACAAGGAAGUCAACGCUCUUCCAGAAGGCUAUGAAGAUGACUAGAGGACUAUACAUUCUAGUUUAAUUAAAUUGUGAAUAUUUGUUGACAUAUGUGUGUUUUAGAAGGAACUUUCACUCAGUUCAUCCAUUUUAGAUUUAAGAGAAAACUACCCAAGACUUGAUUUACCAGAAACUUGCAGCGAAGAUUUUUGAAGUGAAACUGCUACACAUCCAGAAAAUAACGAUUUCGAGCGUUAAACCGUUUAAAGCAAUGAUGGUAUUUUAAGUGAAAUGCAGUUUAUCCUCAAAAUUGUAUCCUCCAUGCUCCAUCAAUUAACACUGAUACAUGUAUGUAAAUUAGGAAAUUUGGUUUUGUGUUUUGGAAAAUAAAUUAAUGACAUGAUU